CCCCCCGCGAGCCCCGCCCGGCCCGGCCCCGGGCCCGCGCCCUGACCUUCCGCUGGCCCUGCAGGCGGGAGCCCCGUAGGGCCUGGGCGCGGCCCCUCCGCCCUGCGCGCCCUCGCAACUUGGCAGAGCCCAUGGAUCUGAAGAGCGUCCUGUCCCCGCCCCAGCACCCAGGGGAGUUCCUGCACCCCGUGGUGUACGCCUGCACUGCUGUCAUGCUGCUGUGCCUGCUGGCGUCUGUGAUCACCUACCUCGUGCACCAGAGCGCCAUUCGCAUCAGCCGCGAGGGCCGCCACGUGCUGCUCAACUUCUGCGUGCACACAGCCCUCACCUUCUCCGUGUUUGCCGGCGGCAUCAACCACACCAAGUACCCGGGCCUCUGCCAGGCGGUGGGUGUGACGCUGCACUUCUGCACCCUGUCUGCCAUGCUGUGGCUUGGCGUGGCUGCCAGGAGCAUCUACGAGCAGGUGACCAAGAAGGCCCCACCGUGCCCCAGUGCUCACCAGCAGCCCAGCCCCCGGCAGCCUCUGCUCAGGUCCUACCUCAUUGGUGGGGGGGUCCCCUUCAUCAUCUGUGGAGUCACAGCUGCCACGAAUAUCCGUAACUACGGGAAGGAGAACGAGGACUCGGCAUACUGCUGGAUGGCCUGGGAGCCCAGCCUGGGCGCCUUCUACGGGCCAGCGGCCUUCAUCGCUCUCGGCACCUGCGUGUACCUGCUGGGCGCCUACGUGCAGCUGCGGCGUCACCCCGAGCGCAGGUACGAGCUCCGGGAGGCCCCCGAGGAGCGGCCGCGGGCGCCCCCCGGCUCGCCGCCCGCCCGCCCCGCGCUGGCCGCCUCGCUGCUGCAGAACGAGCACUCGCUGCCCGCCCAGCUGCGCGCGGCCGCCUGCUCCCUCGGCCUGUUCGCGGCCACCUGGGCCUUCGGGGCUCUGGCCGUGUCGCAGGGCCCCCUCCUGGACAUGGUCUUCAGCUGCCUCUACGGCGCCUUCUGCGUGACCCUGGGGCUCUUCGUGCUCAUCCACCACUGCGCCAAGCGCGACGACGUGUGGCAGCGCUGGUGGGCCUGCUGCCCUGCCCGCGGGGAGCCCCCCGCCGGCCCGCUCUGUGCCCGGCCCUCGCCCCACGCCGCGGACGGGGAGGCGCUGGGCCCCCCCGCCUGCCUGCCAGACUCGCCCUGUCCCGGCCAGCCCCGCAGCUACGGCCACCUGCCGGCCGGCCCCUGCCAGCUGACCGGCCUGCCGGCCCCCAGCCACCCCAGUUGCCUGUCGCCGGCCACGCCCUGCUGCGCCACGCGGCGCCGUGAGCAGCUGCUGCAGGAGGACGUCUGCGGGCACCACCUGCUGCCCCGGACGCGGCCGCACUGCGCCCCGCCGGCCUUCGACUACCACCUCCCGUCCAGCCUGGACGGCAGCCCCCAGAGCUCGCGCACGGACAGCGCCCCCAGCUCGCUCGAGGGCCCGCUGGGCCUGCACACGCUGGCCUGCUGCGCCCAGGACAGCGCCUUCCCCGUGCUCAGCCAGCCCGAUGGGCUCUACGGCUGCGGCCUGCGGCCCGGCCGGGAGGUGGCCUGCGGCCCCGUCCACCUGGAGAUGCUUCACAGGACACAGUCGCUGCCUUGCGGGGGCCCCGGCCUCAACGGGCUGUUCCGGGGCGACGAGCACGGGGCUCGCUGUGCGGUCAGCAUCCGGACAGGGCCCUGGAGGAACGAGACCAGUGUGUAGGGGGGCCCACGUGG